AUGAACCUUGUCGUAGAAGAGCCCUCGGCUCGGCGGCAACGCACCGGCCGACGACGCAGACAGACAGACGGGCUUUCGCCCGAGUCGGAAUCGAACUGGCGGGGCCCCGAGAUCAGAUCGAGAUUAUCGGAGCGUAAUCGAGGCACGCAGAGGCUAACGCUUCCUCCUACUUCGGGUAAAUCAACACAGUGCGUUGUGGAAGACGAGCGGGCGAUUUCCUCGGCUGUUUGUAAACUGCCCGCCGCCCGACGGAUGCGUGCGGGUUUGGCUGGUCGAACGUCGCGGUGUUGGGCCGUGUUUGCUUUCGCGGGUACCGUCGAGGACUGGGGCGGAACGUCCUACGCGCACGGGGGUCGGAUAAACACUGAACGGUUUGUGCGCGCGUUCCCUGUUCCCGGCGGCCUCGCG